GCCAUAACUGUACUACACUUAUAUAUGUAUGAAAUAAUUAGACACUUCUCUUCGGUUUCUACAAGACUAAGGCUCCUAACACGAAACAACUGUUUUAAUCGUUUUAAUCGUACAUUAACGAGAACUACCAAUCACACAAUAAAAAAUUAGUACGAACUCUGAAAUAGGAUCUACAUUAUUAAAUCUUCACACAUAGAAUACCAGUAAGUAAACUGAAAAUGAACUGUCACACAUUUAACUAAACUGCAGCAUACGCCAACAAUUCCCAAAUUCCCAAGCAUUCCCAAAUUACAAAAUUUCUGUCACGCUUUAUGUUGUUAGCUUUGCUAAAGUUGAUCGGCUUUUGUUAGCGAUCACGUCAUUGGUCACUUGAAAUCACUGAUUAAAGAGACAACGAUCCAUUAACUGCGAAUUCCAGCUUUAUAGGGACGGCAUUAGCGGUGGAAAUUAUUUUUUUGGUAACAACACGGACGACGAUGUGAUUGAAUGUGAUAGCCACGGAGGCCACGGAUUGUCAGAUAGUUGGAGGUGUCAGUCGUGUUCUAUGUGGCCGUGUCCGGCUCGUACGGCCGCGUAAAUAUUUAAUCUGUUCUGACCGGUUGUGACCGUUGUGACUAAGGUCGGGGAUAAUAACGUGCGAUGAAGUGUAUGUGGUGGUGAUUUUAGUUGCUUGAAUACGUCGAUGACAUACAGUGUAACAAAUGCAAUAUUGCAGUAUUCAAGAAAAACCAUUCGAAACCAAUCUGAGAAAUGGCCGAUGAGGUACUUUUUGAAUUGUUGCACUCAGAAUUGGUUUCGUACGUUCUAAAAAAUUCAGAAAAGGACAAAAAGCAUGGUGAUCUGUCCACAUUAGAAUAUGUAGGGUUUUCAGCUGGCUACAGGAUAAUAGAAAGGUUGACUAAAGAAUGGCCAAGAUUUAAAGAUGAAUUAGACACCAUGAAAUUUAUAUGUACAGACUUUUGGUCAUCAAUUAACAAGAAACAAAUUGACAACUUGAGAACAAACCAUCAAGGAGUGUAUGUUCUACAAGAUAAUGCCUUUCGUUUUCUCACAAGGCUUUCAGCAGGUCGGCAGUACCUUGAAAUGGCCCCGAAGUAUGUAGCAUUUACUUGUGGCUUGAUCCGUGGGGCCUUGUCCAAUUUGGGAAUCAACAGUAUGGUCACGGCAGAAGUGCAGUCUAUGCCAGCAUGUAAAUUUCAUAUCCAAGUUCAGAGAAUUUAGAUUACAAUUUUAUUGAUGCCCAGUUUCUUGAUUGCAUAUCCAAGUAUGAGCUUCAGUAUCAUGCAUUGUGCAGCACAGUGGAUAAGAAGCAAAUAACCAGCUUAUGUUCAAGACCAACUUCAAAAGUAUUUGUUGCAACUUUGCUCUUUAUGUUGUAUUAUUAUAUAUACUUCAGUUUUCAUGUUACUUAUAGUUGUAUGAAUGAUUGAAAAUAUUCGUACUUAGUGAGUCAGAUUUCAAAACUGACAAAUGAAAAGAUAUUCCAUAUCAGAAUAACAUUAACUUUUUUCUGAUAAAGAAUAUAAAUGUCUGUUAAUUGGUGUUUGGCUAAUGAAAUUAUUCUAAAGGGUUCUGACGAUUGUGGAUGACACACAGAAUUACUGAGGUUUUGGACUUUUUCCAUCGUCC